GUUCGAUUUUCAGAGGGUAAAUGACCGCGAAGGCACUGGCAGAUCCGUGCUUGAGGGCACUGAGGCUAGAGCAGUGGCUUGAGCAAGCUGAAAGCUUUCUUGCCCCUUAUUUGGAGAAGAAAGUCAUUGUUGUCGCAUUGGUAGGCAAAGAUUCUGUAAAUCGAGGUAAAGGAGAGGAUCUCAAUGAUUUUCUCCGAAUGGAUGUGUUUCCGCGCUGGACAACUGAAGAAAGUACAAUGUCUAUCGAAGCUUUUUACUGUGUGGAUACAAAUAUAGUCUAUCUGCUUGUGAAUGGUUAUGCGGAUUUCACAAACUUGCGACAAGUAUUGACCCCAAAUCCCGAGAAGAACUUCUUCGAAAGACUCGCUGAAAAAAGCAGCACUCGCUUUGAUAUUUCGCUCGCGGAUAUGCUAGCGAGUGUAAAUAAAUUAAGGAAGAAUGUCAGAGAAGAUAUCAGCGAAGUAUUAGAGGAAACCUCAAAAGAACCUGCUGAAUGGAUAAAAGAGGGACGAGUUGCUUGUCCUCGUAUAGUGUUUGCUUUCCAGCGAAAUAUCAUCCGCACUGAACUCGGUUAUGUGAAAAAGCGUGAAAUCUGCGACAAGCUGGAACACAGUCUGGAGUCUCAAAUUUACUCAGUGCUCAAGUGCUACAAGCUGGUCGAUCAGAUAGCUGGUGAUUCGUUUGGCUAUGUCCCUGAAAGCGAUGCAUAUGUCAAUGUUAUGCAGCCUGUAUCGGUCAACGUCAAUCCGCUAUCUGAUAUCCUGCAGAUUGCGCUUGGAGAGGACAUUACUGAAGAAGCCGAUGAAAAAUCGGAAAGGAUCCCCUCAUUCAGUCGAUUUCUUCGUAUGCAGCUAGAUGCAGUUCGCUCCGAAAAAUCGAGAAUUUAUGAGAUACCAAAACUGGAAUUGUGGAUCAAGUACGCAAAGGCAUUGGUAGAAAUCAUCAGCCCUAGCUCAGAGAUUGUCACUAAAAAGUUGCUGAAUCAGUAUGUGAAUAGGCAACUGCAGUUUAUGAGAAUGCUCAAUGCUAAGCAUGUAAAAGAAGCAAUAGCGAGAUAUACCGGUACGUCGCCCAGUUUUGGUAAAAAUAAACCGCUUACAGACAGAGGUCGAAAUCAAGUGUUUACGAAAGCCGAGCACGAUCACAAAGUUGCUCUUGCUAUAGCUUAUUUGGAUGCUGUGUUAGUUGGAGAUCGAGAUGAAGCAAUAGCGCAAGUGCGAGCCACUUGUGACAGUCUUUGGCAAGGAGGGAUGCGAGGUUGUGAGGAGAUCUCGAUGACAGGAAAUCGUUGCCAGUUAAAGGUGCAUGCUGCCAUUGGUGAUGCAUCCGUACCAUCCAGUGAAUGGGAAAUGCAUUCGAAUGACAUCACAUAUCUUUCCACAUGCUCUUGUGGCCGGCGUCAGGCAGUACGUAGGGAUCCUUUCACUCUCAAGGAAGCAAACUAUGACUUUUAUUUCGAAAACAAAAUCUUUUCAUGCUGUGCUGGACUGGAAAAACAUGUGUUUGCUGUGUUAGAGGAUGAUGAUACUGAUGCAGACAAGGGAGGAAUGUGGUCCGGUAAUGAGAAUUGGGAAGGUGAAGGCGCAGGCUCAAAUCCGCUUUUCCCUGUCCCUGCCGCUUUGAGAGAUAGGCAGAAUGCUGACGAUGAUUCUAACAGACCAGAAGGUGAUGAUGAAGAUGCCACAGAAAGCGAAACUGGCGAGGAUUCGGUAAGUAACGCAGAACCCGAAGUGAUUGAGAGUUCCUCACAAUCAUCGCAAGAUGAUGAUGUGCAUUAUCAAGACAUGAGAUCGUAUCUGGACGACGAGUCAGUUUCUUUCGUGAAAAAUCCCCACACCAAGCUUGAUGAAGCCGCGAUUGCAUUCGAAGCUCGUUUGAAGAAGCUGAGAGCAAAGCAGAUACCAUUCCUUGAAGGAGUGCCGCACUCGCUUUCUCCAAAGUUGCCACCUCUUUUCCCAUCGUGGACACUCACUUGUAUUGGACCGAACAGUUACUAUACGCAUUCUUAUGGUCUUCGUGACCAACCCAAUUUAAAGCUGGGUGGAGAGUAUCUGUAUCCUGUUAGUGUUCAAUUAGAAGUUGAUCCUGUUUCUUGGGAUCGCGACAUGCAGUACGUGCAAGCAGUUGAAGGAGUAUCGUCGCGACCUCCUCCGCGGAAACCAAGAAGGUUACCCGCGGAAAUAGAGAAAGUUAAACUCUUCGUCGGAAUGGAGUAUGAAUGUCCACGCGGUCAUCGCUUUUUUGUAGCAGAAAAUGGAGAACCGCUAAGGUUACCAAAGAACUCAAAUGCUAGAUCUGCGCUGAAUCGAGAAUCGGAUGAUGAGUUCUUGCACUGUGAUUUUCCACUGAGACGUCAGUGUACGUGCAGAAAACUACCUGUGCAAACAGCUCAACUUAUGCGAGUUCACGUCGUUACUCCUAAGGCGCCGAUAACAGUGACUAUCCAACCUUCUGUUGAGAUUCCUGGGCAGGAAGGCUGUUUUGGUACUGGUGAAGGACCGCUCCAGCUUUCGUGGGCAAGGUAUUACAUACUGCAACUACCUUUCAUAUACUCCGGACCAUCGGGAGUAUGGAUACCACCAGUAGGGGUCGAAAAAGUGGGUACAUUCAAGGGCGACGCUAUCCAAGUGAAAUACGUCCCGAUGCUGUCAAGGAGAUGAUUGUACAAGUGUCAGUUAGAGGAUUUCAUUUCAUCUGCUCCUAACCUGUGUCCCGGGACGCUGUAUGUCAGUGUUAACGAAUCCCGCUGGACUUACUAGGAGUCGACACUGUUAUGUUGUGAAUUGUUGCCGGUGUUCCGCUCACAUUAUUGUUUCUGUCGGGUCUGAUUUUUUUUUUCCUUCUGAAAAUUUUUGUGAUGUUGAUCUUAUCAUUCAUCAGAUGUAUAUAUAAUAUAUUUAUCCG